ACUAACGCUCAUGACGCUUAAACAAUAAUAAUUUUUUUUUUAACAAUGUUUAAUUAAUUUUAACUUUUAAUUCCUAUGUUUAUAUAGUUUUCGUUUAUUAUUUUUCUACGUUUUUUUUUAUUAAAUAUUAUAACUGUUGAUAUUUAACACCGUAAUAAUCUAAGUAUUUUAAAUCAGCCAUUACCAUGAGUUCUGACAAAAUUGACUAUCCAAAAGCAUCCAAACUAAUUAGUGAUGCUGGUGUUAUCAUUUACAUUGGAGGAUUUCUUUUAAUCAUUGCAUUUAUAAGCCCUUAUUGGUUGGAAUCAUAUGAUGAAGCAUUCAUAAAUUUUAAGCACAUGGGCUUAUGGACAUAUUGUUUUGACCACUUCCGAUACCCUCAUUAUCAAUUUGAAAAGCUCUUUGAUGGCUGCAAUACAGUUUUUAGUGAAGAAUAUUACGUCAUUCGAGAAUGGCUAUUACCAGGAUGGCUAUUGUUUUUGGAACUUUGUAUGACUUUAGCAAUAUUGUUAUCACUUGGAACAUUAGCAAUAAUUGCUGCUGUUAUAACAAGAUAUCCACAACGUCUCGUUCUUAAAUAUGAGUACAUGCUAUCGGCUGCAUGUUUCUUAGCGGCUACAUCUUCUACUAUAUUGAUAUUUUUUACUGUAAUCCUGUUUCCAUUCAACUGUUGGAGACGUGAUUGGCUCAUGUAUCCUAUGUAUAAUCACCUAUCAUGGUCAUUUUAUAUUGCUAUUAUAUCAGGUUUUGUGCAUGCAUACGGUUCAUGGUAUUUGUUUAAGGAUGCACGAAUUGCUUAUGAUCAAAGAAGAGAGAGUAAAAAUUUAGUAAUGCAAAUGUAUCCUCCUCAUGAACGUAACUUUUAUGAUCAAUAAAACUUUUAACCAUU